AUGCGUCCACACCAGCGGCAGCAGCAGCCUAGAAUUGCCUUGCAGCGACUUCAACACCAGAGCCCUGGUGGAGUAGCGGAGUCGAGCUCUACGGCUGUGUCGCAGUCCCCUGAAGCUUCAGCAGCCACCUCGGACUCGGCGUAUGCGUCGGAAACUUCCUCCGAGUACACCUCCGAGGAGGUCUCGGAGACGACGUACACGCCGAGCAAUGAGCCACUGUUUCUAUCCAUGCCGUUUGGACCAACUGGUCGCACUGAGUCGGUGUUGCGGGCAAUGUCGCUAGUAAGCGGUGGCUGCACGGAGGGUCCGUUGUCGCCAUGGACCGAAGCCAGUAUCGGCCUCAGCACCUUCUCUCGAGGAGGCACAGGUAGACGUGGUGGCGUUGGCAAUGCCCACGGCGGCACUAACGCACUACCACCGGCCUUUCUGAGUGCAAAAGGGCGAAAAUUUCCCGGCCAGGGAACGGAAGCCCCGCAAGAGCCGUCAAGCCCCUUAACGAGGAGAAACUUCACGAAUGCAGUCACGCCCGCCCAGUGGCCGCCAGUUUCAGAGAUCGGGACGAAUGUGCCGGGGAGGACCACCGCGCCACCGCGCCCCCCAAAUCCCAUGGGGGACCUGCAUCUGCCCCCAAUUCCCGACAAGCCUCGCCCAAGAACAAGCGGGGCAUGUGUGCCUCCCACCACAGCAGGGCCAUUCACGCAUGGCCCGGGCAGCAAUACUGGUAGAUUCGCCCUGGAACGGCAUCCGGGCACCAGAACCGUCCGGCCCCCCACUUACCCAGGAGACGCUGGGCUGACAAGGGUCCCUGAAAAGGCUGCAAUUGAGGGCGUGGCAGGGAGGGCAACUGCCCCGUCACCGUUAGAAUUUAUUCCGACCAAGUCCGAGGCGUCUGCAGCGCCUCGUGGAGGUGCACCGUUUGCGCCAGGUGGCAGUGAUGGUGGUGGUGGUGUAGAGAAGGAUGUGAGGAUGCUGUUAGGGGAUGCGGCGAAGCGACGGGUGGGGGCGCUGCGAACAGAACCUGCAGAGAAGGACGGGUUCGGAUCUGCGGUGAGAAGUGCCUCGUCUGUCCCGUCGUCGUGGGAAGGCACAGUAGCCGCCGCCGUCCCCCCGGCGCUGGGCGCCGGCGCCGGCGCGAAGCCACCCGACGGUACGGCGGAGGUCACAACGGAAGCUGGAUCGCUGGAGGAGAACGUGGCGAGGGUUUUGGCAGCCGCCAAGAGGGCUGCUGAGGGACCGAGGGCUGCGCUGGUGGUGGCCCAGGGAGUGGGGCUUCGCGUGUGGGAUGCGCCGAGGCCGUCCACAGGGCGGACGGCGAUGGUAGCCAAGGCAAGGGCACGGACAGGAGAAGUGCCGUGUGGCGACAAGAGAAGCGAGGUGGUGCCAGCGAACGACGCACCCCACGAUAUUUUCUCUCCCCUUUCCCCUAAAGCUCCCGGAGUUGGGGUGCUGGAAAAGACACAGAAAUUCGCCAAUGAACACCACCAAAAGCCUCCCCACCAACGGCAGCCGCAGCCGCUAGCAAGGUGCAAUGUGCCACGCCGGCUAGCUGAACAAAGGCUCCUAAUGGAGGAGAAAACCCAGCGGCGGAAGUUUCGAAUACUUGAGGCCACUGACCGUGCCGUGAUUCUCAAUGAUAUCAUGGAGAAGCAGCAAAGCCUCAAUCGCCACUGCACUCUUAGGCCCGGAGGUGAGGCCAGCGGCGCUCAGUCCCCGCUGCGCCCUCCCCCUCAGCUCAAUGAGAAGAAGUCGGUUGCGGGAAGCGGCACCUCCGAGAAGCCCUCCAGGACUGUCAGUCGCGCGCCGGGCGGGGAAGCUCGGCGCAGUCCACUUCCACAUGUUUUGGGCGCGGGCCUGGCCCUGGCCAGGCCCAUAGAAGGCGCCACUUUUCAUUCCCCAAAGAACGCCAAGGCGGAGAAGGCGGUGCUUCACAAGCCGCCGGGGCGGCGCAUGAAACCGACCCGGAGACGCGCCAUAAAGCCACUGAUGGAGCUACCGCCGUCCAACGAGGUGUCACUCAUCGAGCUAGCGGAGGGGGACCAACGCGCAGCGAACGAUGGAGCGGAGAGUCCCAACGAGGCGCAUCGGUCUUCUCCUUCCCACGGCCGAAGCACUUUUCAAAAUUCAGAGGCCGGCGCUGCAGCAAUCGUGCACAAACCGUCCUUUCUCGACGGUGAGGACGCAAAAAACACUGCACCUGUCACGUGUAUUGCUUCUCUGGAUGGUGAGAGGAGGUGUGGGAGCGCAAACUCCCUGAAUAGUUCUCUCUACAAUCUCCGCCAGGUUCCUCAGCCGACGCACCCCCUGUCUCCCAAUCCAACAGGCGAGAUGGGCGAAAUUUGUCGGACAUCGAACAUUUCUGCCGCCGCCGCCUCCGCAGGCGCAGGCCGAGAUUCCAAAAGACGUAAGGUUGCCGGUGUUGGGGGCGUCCCUCGCACCGGGGUGCUUCCUUCGCUGAAAUCAGCCGGCCGCGACAUUGCGCGCAGGGUGUGA